AUGCAAGCUGCAGGCUCGGCGAGCAAGACAUCGAAAGACGCAUUUCGCUACGCGAUGCUGUUGCCGAAAGAGCCGCAUCUCAAACACACUGCUCAUGGUGUUACAGGAUACUGGAAAGAUGCCUUCGAGGUACGGCGCAGCAGUCUCUCAAGAGGUUUGGCCGGAUUUCCCCGGCGACAGUCGGUUGUUGUUCCCUCUCCUUUACGAUCUUUUCUCUUCGCGUCCAGUUACACGCAACCGCGGGAACCUCGACGCUCAGGCUCCGAGUACGCAACAUCGGAAAUUACGCCUUUAUCACAGGGUCGCGUGGCUUCAACUGCCGCUAAGCUGGCACCGCCUUCCCCAGACCGUGCCGUUGGCGCUAUCGAGCCAACUUCGCCACCGUCGAACGGUUCAGAGAACCCAUGCGCCUGGAUGCAAUCGGGGAACGUUGCCGGGUUCUCGACCUUGAAGAGGAUAGUCGCUUGA